UUAUUUAUAAUUUACCACAUUUUAGAGAAAAUCUUCGAAAAAUGUGUGAAGAUAUUACUGCUCUUGUUAUUGACAACGGAUCUGGGAUGUGUAAAGCGGGAUUUGCUGGAGAUGAUGCUCCUAGAGCGGUUUUUGCUAGCGUGGUAGGCAGACCUAGAUAUCAGGGUGUAAUGGUAGGAAUGGGCCAAAAAGACUCUUACGUAGGAGACGAGGCCCAAACAAAACGAGGUGUUUUAUCAGUGAAAUACCCGAUCGAACAUGGAAUCAUUAGUAAUUGGGACGACAUGGAAAAAGUUUGGCAUCAUACGUUUUUCAACGAAUUAAGGAUUUCUCCAGAAAAUCAUCCAGUUUUAUUAACGGAAGCUCCUUUAAAUCCAAAAAUUAACAGAGAAAAGAUGACUCAAAUAAUGUUUGAAACUUUCAACUGUCCCGCAAUGUACGUUGCGAUUCAAGCAGUUCUAUCUUUGUAUGCCAGUGGAAGAACUACUGGUAUAGUGAUGGAUUCUGGCGAUGGAGUUUCGCAUACAGUACCUAUUUAUGAGGGAUAUGCUUUACCCCACGCGAUUCUGCGUAUGGAUCUAGCUGGACGGGAAUUAACAGAUUAUCUAAUGAAGCUUUUAACAGAACGAGGAUAUAGCUUCACCACAAGUGCUGAAAGGGAAAUUAUCAGAGAUCUUAAAGAAAAAAUUUGUUACGUAGCUUUAGAUUUUGAUCAAGAUUUAGCAAUAGCGCGAAAUACCACUUGUCUAGAAAAAUCGUACGAGCUGCCAGACGGACAAAUAAUUACUCUUGGGAACGAGAGAUUCCGUUGUCCUGAAGCUAUGUUCCAGCCAUCUUUAAUAGGCAUGGAAAUACCCGGUAUAGCUGAGACUACAUAUUUAUCCAUAAUGAGAUCCGAUAUGGAUAUCAGAAAAGAUCUAUAUGCCAACACAGUAUUAUCCGGCGGAAGUACAAUGUUUCCAGGAGUUGCCGACCGAAUACAGAAAGAGAUAGCUGCGUUAGCACCAGCUUCAAUGAAAAUCAAAAUUAUAGCACCUCCUGAAAGAAAAUACUCAGUAUGGAUAGGUGGCAGUAUACUUGCUAGUCUCACCACCUUCCAACAAAUGUGGAUAUCCAAAGAAGAAUACGAAGAAGCCGGAUCUCUUAUCGUACAUAGAAAGUGCUUUUAAAUAAUAUAUUUUUUAUAUUUGCAAAUAAAUAUUGUUUAACUUGA